UUACAUGCUCAUUAGGUGCUUUUGCACAUAUUGGCAAAUGAUAUAAAUAAGCCGAAAUUGUUAAUAAACAAUUAUUCUGGAACAGCCAGCUAAGACGUAAUCUUCUUUGCUUUGUUCAGUUCAUCUCUGUGAAAAAUUUUGAAAAUGAAAUUGCUCAUUGUUUGCCUCGCUGCAAUUGCAGUUGUUAGCGGAGAUGUAUCCCAUUUGUUCGGCGGAACAAAUGUUGAGCGCUCAUAUUUACCACCUGCACAAGAACCAUCGAACCAAUACAUUCCACCAGCAGGACCACCACAACACGAACCAGCACAGCAGCAAUAUCAACCAGCUCCAGUGCCUCAAUAUGCACCACCACCACCUCCACCACCACCACCACCGCCACCACAACAAUUCCAACCAGCUCCACAACCACAAUACCAACCAGCUCCACAACAACAAUUCCAACCAGAGCCAGCCCCAGCUGCUACUUUCGAUGAUGUCAACGGAUACGAUUACAAAGUUCCCGGAAAAGUGCGUUUGCACAUAUUUGCAAACGAUAUAAAUAAGCCGAAAUUGUUAAUCGACAAUUAUUCUGGAACAGUAACAGUACCAGCUAAGACGUUCUUUGCUUUGUUCAGUUCAUCUGUGAAAAUUUUGAAAAUGAAAUUGCUCAUUGUUUGCCUCGCUGCUAUUGCAGUUGUUAGCGGAGAUGUAUCCCAUUUGUUCGGCGGAACAAAUGUUGAGCGCUCAUAUUUGCCGCCUGCACAAGAACCAUCGAACCAAUACAUUCCACCAGCAGGACCACCUGCUCCUCCACCACCACCACCGCCACCACAAAAUUUCCAGCCAGCUCCACAGCCCCAAUAUCAGCCAGCUCCACAACCACAAUAUCAGCCAGCUCCACAGCCUCAAUAUCAGCCAGCUCCACAACCACAAUACCAACCAGCUCCUCAACCACAAUACCAGCCAGCUCCACAACAAUUCCAACCAGAGCCAGCACCAGCAGCUACUUUUGAUGAUGCCAACGGAUACGAUUACAAAGUUCCCGGAAAAUAAGAAACUAUUACAUUUCCGUCAUUUUGAUUAAAAAGUUACCAUCCAUGAUUUUCGAAAAUAGUGUGAUUGUAUCGACACGAAAUCAGUAAUAAAAUUUGCGAACUCAAUUAAU